UCGUUUCAUAGUUGUUAACUAAAAAAUAAAAGUUGGGCUUUUCUCCUCCGUGUCCCUGGCUUGACUUUUCCUCUCUUUCUUCUCUCUCUAAAAAUGGAAAGGCAAAGACAACUGCUUCAGAUUUCUUUCUCAGCUCUUUCACCGUUUAAGCUUCUUCAACUGGCAAAGUAUCUGAAACACUGAAUAUAUAUUCUUCAACCUUGUCUGUUUUCUCAUAAAACCAAGUCUAAAACUGAUCAGAAUUUCUUUUCCCUUUGUGGGUUUAUUCUCUUCAGUGCUUUUUCUUAAUAAAGGAUGAGACUUGGGAGGUUCUAGUUGUUAUAUAUAUGUAGAGUGAGAGAGAAGAGAGAGAGAGGAAAGUAAAGUCUGAGAUAUCUGGAUGCCUGCUCAAAUGAGUAGAAGAAAAGGGAGAGGCUUGAGCGUCGAGGAUGCUGUUGAGUUCUUCAACUAUGUGAUGGAAGAGAAGCCUUUUCUUCCGUUUUUGAUACCUCUGGUUUUGUUUGCUUGGGGUAUUGAGAGAUGGGUCUUCUCUUUCUCCAAUUGGGUUCCACUUGCCGUUGCUGUGUGGGCGACUAUACAGUAUGGGAAUUAUCAGCAUCGGAUACUGGUUGAAGACUUGAACAAGAAAUGGAAGAGGGUCAUACUGAACACCUCGCCCAUUACUCCACUGGAGCACUGCGAAUGGCUGAAUAGGCUACUGAUUGAGACAUGGCCUAACUAUAUGAACCCAAAGAUUUCAAUAAGAUUUUCAUCCAUUGUUGAGAAACGGUUGAAGCACAGAAAAUCAAGGCUUAUCGAAAGAGUUGAAUUGCAGGAGUUUUCAUUAGGUUCAUCCCCGCCUAGCUUGGGCCUCCAUGGGACUCGUUGGUCCACUUCAGGUGAUCAGAGAAUCAUGCGUUUGGGUUUUGACUGGGAUACAAAUGAUAUGAGCAUUUUGUUGCUUGCAAAGCUUGCCAAGCCAUUUAUGGGUACUGCACGGAUUGUUAUAAAUAGUCUCCACAUCAAGGGUGAUCUUCUCCUGAUGCCGGUUUUGAAUGGGAAAGCGAUUUUGUACUCAUUUCUGUCAGUUCCUGAAGUGAGGAUAGGAGUUGCCUUUGGAAGUGGUGGAAGCCAAUCGCUGCCUGCUACAGAGCUUCCUGGCGUUUCUUCUUGGCUGGUUAAACUUUUUAGUGACACCUUAGUUAAGACGAUGGUUGAACCUCGCCGACGUUGUCACACUAUGCCAGCUGUAAAUCUAAGGAAAAAGGCCGUUGGAGGCAUUAUAUAUGUGACAGUCAUCUCAGCAAGUAAACUUUCUAGGAAUGGUUUGAGAGGAAGCCCAUCCAGAAGGCAAUUUGAUAAAAGUUCAGAAGAGCAGUUUGUUGAUAAAGAUCUGCAGACAUUUGUGGAGGUUGAACUUGAAGAGUUAACUAGGAAAACAGGUGCGAGGAUGGGCUCAAACCCUAAUUGGAAUUCGAAAUUUAACAUGGUGUUACAUGAAGAAACAGGAAAUCUUCGAUUCCAUCUAUAUGAGUGUACGCCAAACAAUGUGAAGUAUGACUAUCUGGCGAGUUGUGAAAUUAAGAUAAAGUAUGUUGAGGAUGAUUCAACAAUAUUCUGGGCAAUAGGACCUGACUCUGGUGUGAUAGCAAAGCAUGCUGAGUUCUGCGGAAAAGAAGUUGAAUUGGUUGUUCCGUUUGAGGGGCUCAAUUCAGGAGAGUUGACAGUGAAGCUUGUCCUAAAAGAAUGGCAAUUCUCUGAUGGUUCACACGUGGAUAACUCUCUUGUUAGCUCACGAAGAUCACUUUUUGGGUCAUCAAAUUUUCUACCAAGAACUGGAAGGAAAGUGAACAUAACUGUUUUGGAAGGAAAAGAUCUUGUUUCAAAAGACAGAUCUGGAAAGUGCGAUCCAUAUGUUAAAUUGCAAUAUGGAAAGAUUCUCCAAAGAACAAGUGCUGCUCAUGCCUUGAGUCCUGUCUGGAAUCAGAAGUUUGAAUUUGAUGAGAUAGGAGACGGUGAAUACCUGAUGAUAAAAUGCUACAAUGAAGACACAUUUGGUGACGACAGCAUCGGCAGUGCACGAGUUAAUUUAGAGGGACUGGUAGAGGGAUCAAUCAGGGACGUUUGGAUCCCUCUGGAAAAAGUAAAUUCGGGAGAAUUAAGGCUUCAAAUAGAAGCAGUCAGAGUUGAAGGCUCUGAAGGAUCAAGGGCUGCGGGUUCAAAUAAUGGUUGGAUUGAACUUGUUCUCAUUGAAGCGAAAGACCUUAUUGCUGCUGAUCUCAGAGGGACAAGUGAUCCGUAUGUGAGGGUUCAAUAUGGGAACUUGAAGAAAAGAACAAAGGUUAUGUUCAAAACUCUAAAUCCCCACUGGAAUCAGACCCUGGAAUUCCCUGAUGAUGGCAGCCCCCUACUCUUGCAUGUGAAAGACCACAAUGCAUUACUACCGACGUCAAGUAUAGGUGACUGUGUGGUGGAAUAUCAGAGAUUGCCUCCAAACCAGAUGUCAGACAAGUGGAUACCCCUUCAGGGUGUGAAAAGGGGGGAGAUCCAUAUUCAGGUCACAAGAAGAGUCCCGGAGUUGGAGAAAAGAUCGAGUUUAGAUUCUGAGCCAUCUAUAAAUAAAGCACACAAAAUCUCCAGUGAGAUGAAACAAAUGAUGAUGAAGUUUCAGUGUCUAAUUGAGGAUGGCAAUCUUGAAGGACUGUCAACAGCUAUGAGUGAGUUAGAAGCCCUGGAGGAUACACAAGAAGAGUACAUGGUUCAACUUGAGACAGAGCAAACACUACUUCUUAACAAGAUCAAGGAGCUUGGCCAGGAAAUUUUUAACUCAUCUCCUUCUCUUAGCAGAAGAUCUUCUGGAAUCUGAGCCAUUCUCUUUUCAAUUUUGACUUUUAACCAAAAUGGUUAUUUAUGUUGUGUGUGUGUGUGUAUAUAUAAAUUAA